AUGUUCGACUCACCGUUGGCAACGCCCGCUCCGCUCAGCCAGCAAGCAAGUUUCUUGGAGAGCGACGCUAUGGAUGAGAGAGCAAGAGACGUCGUCGCCCGUCUGGCGGCAUCACUGGAUACGCCCUACCUCGGCUCCAGCUCCAUGACCCCCUGCGUCUACGAUACCGCCUGGGUGUCGAUGGUAUCCAAGCCCGAGACCCACGAUGGUGUGACGACCUCGCACUGGCUUUUCCCAGAAUGCUUCCAAUCCGUCUUGGGCAGCCAGUCGCCAGAUGGCGCGUUUGGCUUCUCCCGUGGAGCUGGUGCCCCGAUCGACGGCAUCCUGGACACAAUGGCAGCUCUGCUGUCCCUCUUAAAGCAUCACAAGAGCCCUGAUGUCAAGGGUAUCCUGGCAGUUCCGCCGCCAGAUCUGCCGCGGAGAAUUGAAAAAGCUCGCGAGUAUCUGAAUGACGCGUUGCAGAGAUGGGACGUCCGAUCGACCAUCCACGUCGGUUUCGAGGUCCUCGUGCCCACCUUGCUGCGCAUGCUCGAGGAGGAGGGCGUCAAUUUCCGCUUCCCCGGACGCCGAGCUCUCAUGACCCUGAACAGACGCAGGGUUGGCAGGGGUUUAGGCAGCAGGCGUGCCAUGCUCGACGCGCACCAAAAGACAACGCUCCUCCAUUCACUGGAGGGUUUUGUGGGCAUCCUCGACUUCGGAAACAUCUCUCAUGGCCUCACCAAAGGCUCCAUGAUGGGUUCACCCGCCUCCACUGCCGCCUACCUGAUGAUCGCACCCCGUUGGAGCAAGGAAGCGGAAGACUACUUGCGCUUCGUUGUGACUGCCAGCAAGGGAGCCAUCCCUUCUGCCUUCCCCAUCAGCGUCUUCGAAGCGUCUUGGGUUCUCUCAACUCUGCUCGCUUCUGGCUUUACACCCGAAGAGCUCGGUGCAGCCAAUGUGAGGACGUUGGCAGACUAUCUUCAAGCUCGGCUAGAGGAAAACAACGGAGUGACAGGCUUUGCCCCUGAAAUACUCGCCGAUGCUGAUGAUACCGCCAAGUCCAUCUACUCUCUCCGCCUUCUCAACCGUCCUGCUAGCUGCGACGCCAUGCUCAAGGUUUUCGAGGCCCCUGCAAGUUUCAAUACCUAUAGCAUUGAGACACGUCCCUCCUUGAGUGCCAAUUGCAACGUACUUAUCGCCCUCCUAGCGUGCAACCCACCAUCACGUCACAUCUCUCAGAUAGCCAAAGCGCUCAAAUUUCUCAGUGACUCGUGGUACGAGGGCAGACAAGGUGACAAAUGGAACGUCGAACCCCAAUACUCCAUGAUGCUUCUCGUCAAUGCCAUGUCUCGUGUCGUGAGAUUAUGGGACGACGGCGCUCUGAACGACCUCCCCCCUGAACUCCUCACGAACCGACUUCCUCUCGUUACGUUGCAGAUUCUUGUCCGAACCCUGAGCAUACAAUCUCCCAACGGCUCCUGGAAAGGCUCUGUAGAGAUUACAGCAUACGCCCUCCUAACCCUCAAGGCCCUAAUUGGCCUGCCUUGGGUGAGCAUGCUGGGGGGCUUCAAGGUCAACGAGAGCAUCGACCUUGGAACCGUGUUUCUCCUCGCCAAUCAGGAAAGAUGGAGAAGGCCGGAGAUGAUUUGGGUAGAGAAGGUGACGUAUGGAUCCAGCAUUCUCUGCGAGGCGUAUUGCACCGCUGCUCUCAAGGCAAAGCCCCCUUCAACGAACUGUGGCGACAAAGCGUCGGCUCUUUGCAAGAUCCCAGCCGAGAAACUUGAUCGCUUUGCCCACUUCUUCUCAAGCCUACCCGUUUUUAGCCGCGAGCCUUCAUGGAGGCUUCGGGCGUCACUUGCUGAAGGCUUCAUGCUAGGCUCGGCCCUGCGGCGGGCCAUGCUCGAACUCGACGUCUUCCCAUUGCCGCAGGGCAGGUACCUCGAAUACAUACCCUGUACCUGGACGAUGUGCAACAAUGCAGGUGGUUUUGGUCUCUCCACGCAGACCAUGGUGGAUAUGAUGGUCAUAUCGACACUCAACUUCCAGAUUGACAAGUGGCUCGAGGAAGCCACGGCGGACGACCGCCUCGAAGGAGAUUUUUCAGCCCUCAGAACAGUCAUCAAACACGUGUUCGAUGAGGUUGAGAACCGUCCCAACGAUGAUUCUUCACUGGAUGGUCACCAACGGAAACGUCGGCAGUGUUCGAAUGGCAACUGCCAACCAGUCAUGAACCGAAAGACAGCCUUGCUCUGUGAGACGCAGGACACGCUCUCCCAUUUCGUACAAUGCGUGCUGUCCAUGACGCCGGCUACACUGCCCGUCUCCCUACGCCGUCGUGUACUGCAUGAACUGUCAACGUUCGUGUUUGCUCACGUAGCGCAUGGAGAAGACAACGCUCGGCUCUCCAAGACCAGCGAGCCGCCACGAAAAUGGCCCGUCGUCACGAACGCGAGGGGCACAUACUUUGAUUGGGUGCGGACCACGUCGGCCGACGACACCAGCUGCCCGUACUCUUUUGAGUUUUUCCGCUGCCUCGUGUCGUCUUCGAUCUGCGCCGGCACCGACUGCUUUCCGGGAAUGCGCGCCCAGUAUCUAGGCCAGGCUGCCUCGCGGCAUCUAGCCACCAUGUGUCGCCAGUACAACGACUAUGGCUCCAUGGCACGCGACCUUGAGGAGCACAACCUCAACAGCGUCAAUUUUGCCGAGUUCUACGACGACGAAGAGGAAGGGUCCGAAGGCGAUGAGUCGGCCGAAAAGGCCGGCCGAAGGUUGCUGGAGCUAGCAGACUACGAGCGCGAGUGCUUGAGCCUCACCCUGAAGAGGCUUCGACCCGAAAUCACGCCAUCGGCCUGGAAGGCGUGGAACGUUUUUGUCGACGUGACGGAUCUCUAUGGUCAAAUCUACGUGGUGAGAGACAUCAACUCUGAUGGCGUAGUUGCAAGCUAG